AUUGCUACAUAUUGUGCAAUCGCUAUAUAUAGAUAUAUAUAUACACAUAUAAUGAAACACGAAAUUUACACACUGUAACAGUAAGUUUUUUGUUGAUCAGGUAAGAUUUCAGCUAAGAAUAUGCCAGGACGAGGACGGGGAAGAGCUCGUGGACGUGGGCGUGGCCGAGGAUUUAACAAUAGGGGCGGAUCAAGAAGACGAGAAGACAGACAAACGGACGAAGAGACGGAAGCGACGGAAGACAAUUCGGCCCCAGAUUUAAGGGAUGAUGCUGCCGGAUUCUUCACCAAAAACGCUUCAUUCGAUCAGCACUUUACAGCACAGACGGACAAUAGAGCGUGUUACUGCGCGGCAAUACGAGCUAUGGAGAAAUGGAAAGUCGAGAUACCACAAAGCUCCAAAGUGAAGUCAUUGGCAGCGGCCUGGGCACGUGGGGACAAUGAGUUGGCAGAUGCGCUACUACAAAGGAAAACGUUGUUUGGUGUUGUCGAAGUUUCCAAGGCAGUCAUUUUACUGGACUCUGGGAGACAGGCGAGAGUGUUCGAAAAGAAGCUCAAGAGACUACAGAUUCAGAAAAAUAAAGUUAAAGUGGAGACGAUAGGAAAACUGAAAUCAAAAACAGACAACUUAAUGAAAAUGAAGCCAUCGAGUGGGUCAUCGAGCGGAGCAGUAUGUAAACGCGUGAAACGUUGGACCCGUACUUUAACUAAACAAGAACUCGAAUUCUUUGCGCUACAUUUUCCAGUUGAUCUUUGGAAGAAGUUAGCUGAUAUCUGCCAUUUCCAUCCAGUCAAGGAUUUUGCUGUUCCUUGGUUUCUACCAUAUUGUUUCGGCGAUUCCCCGCCAAAAGACAGUUUAGUACACAGCUGUCGCAACAUCACAGAGAGUAACAUUAAUGAACUGCUUCAGGACUAUCACAUCCCUUACAUCAAAGUGAAACCUCUCCUACGUCACGUGACUGACGAAAUGAAAGGGAAAAUAGCGAAGCGUGAAGAAAAACUGGACACAAUUUUAUGGUAUUACGAGGAACUGAAAUGUGCCGAAGUCGACAGGGAAAUAGACAAACGCCUUGAGAACGGCGAUCCUGUCACUCUGGCGCUUGGAAAGCUCAUGGACCGCGUUCUUACGUUCCGACUGCUACAGGCUGGUGAAAUUCUAAACCCGGAGGAGCACGAAAAACAGAUAUGCCAGUUAUAUAAAUCUUGGGAUUGGGAUACAAAACCUGAGGGGCCUGGAGAGUGGGAAAAGAUGCCCAACCCUGAUAUUGCAACAUUUUUACCAAGGCUGGAAGAACUCGCACAGAAACAUCUUGAAAAAAUACGAUUUGCGCUGGACUCUCCAGUUGUUAUUCUAGGAGACAAAUCUGGUUCAAUGGAUGUCGCUAUCCGCACCAGCUCUAUCAUAGCCGGAAUUCUGGCCGUCAUUACUUCCGCUCAAGUCGUCUUUUUCGAUGAAGAGAGUCGGAAAGCCCCUUAUGUUCCAAGCACGGUAAAGGAAGUUAUCAACCUUGCUAUGGAAGUUAAUGCAGGUGGAGGAACUUGCCCGGCUGCGGCACUGUUUCCGUUCUAUCAGACAAAGGAAGUGGUGAAGACGUUUGUAGUUGUCACAGACGAAGAAGAGGUGGAAAUGGAUCCAACCUCUAAUUUAUCUUUUGCUGAGUUGUAUAGACGGUACCACGAUGAGGUGUAUCCUGCCAAACUUGUCUUUGUGUCCUUUCUGUCUCAUGAAGGUCAAAUGGUCGGGGCUCUGCGCAAAUUGGGGUUUUCUCCAUUGCAAUUUAAAUUUGACAAUCAAAAACCAGAUUUAUCCAAACUGGACAACCUGUUUGCGCUUCAGUCAGCGGAAACGGUUAGUUUUAAAAACGAUGUUGAGAAACUAGAAAAGAAAAUAGCAACGGAGGGCAUUGCAGCUGUAUUCCAGGACGAAGCAUCGAAAGAGGAAGAAACACAUCAGUUAAAGGAUGGAGUUUAAGUUAACUAUUUGUACAAUGUACAAACGAAGCAUCUGUAGAGAAAGAAACUCGUCGGUUUAAGGAUGAAGUUUGAUUGAAAGUUAUCUUUAUCUUCAUCUCCUCAAGUGAUUUGUACACAGAUCAACAUUGAGCUAGGGAGGUUUUACAUUGGACGUAUACUCUCUGUCUCAAUGAACAGUCCCACUUACUUAACGUACGAUGUACCCCAUGCGGAAAAACAACACAAAUCAUCAAACAAGGAUCAUUUAUCGGGAUUUAUUGCACAGAAUACGUAGUAUUGUAAAUACAUCAAGGAAAACAUUAUAGAAAUAAAGAUACAUAUGUAUGAAACAGCC